UGAAUACAUUUGCUAGUGCAGUACGCAGCAGCAGCAACAGUGUGGUGCUCUGGCUCUCCAGCUCUGCCUCAGGCUCACUGAACAUCUGCAAGACAAUUUUUUUAUGUUCUUGUAAAUGAAUGCUGCCUAAUUGCACCAGGAAAAUGGGCACGGGGGAUUAUAUCUGCAUUGCUAUGAGUGGAGGGGCGCCGUGGGGCUUUAGAUUGCAAGGUGGCAAGGAGCAAAAGCAGCCUUUGCAAAUCGCCAAGGUGCGCAACAAAAGCAAAGCAGCUAAGGCUGGCCUGUGUGAGGGGGAUGAGGUGGUGUCUAUCAAUGGCAAACCCUGUGGAGAUUUAACCUACGCUGAAGUUAUCGUUCUGAUGGAAAGCUUGACUGAUGUCCUACAGAUGCUUAUCAAGAGAUCCUCCAGUGGAAUAAAUGAAACUUUGAAUGCUGAAAGAGAAAAUGGAAAGCAUGAUAACAUAAAAAAUGAGGACUAUAGGGAGAGCACUACACUGCAGAUUAAUACAGCCAAAGAGAUACCCCAUGGAGACUUAUGCAUCACAGAGAUAUACAGUGAGACUCACCAGGGAGCAGGAGAAAGCAACAUACACUUUUCUGAAAUGAAACAAGAGACUACAAAAAUUCACAGAAUUACUCCUAAAGUGAUAGGCACCUCCAAAGCACUUGUGACUGAUGAAGACAGAGGGAAGACAGAAGAAAGAAGGCCAGGCAAUAUGGUUGAGCUGCAGUUAUCCCUCCCAAAUGAUGGUCACAAGAGCACCAAUGCUGCUGCUGUGACUCUCUUAGGGGCAGAAAAAUGCACCCCUUCAGGAAGAGGACCCAGUGUACAAGAAGAUGGGACCAACCCUGUAAUCGCAAUCCCCCUGAGUGUGAAAGAGGGCAACGUCCAGUGGUCAAGCAAAGUAGUCCAGUUUUCUAGUAGCAAAGAGGUCAAGAGGAUCCAAAGUGCAGCUCCAACUAUCCCCAGGAUUGAGGUGAUCCUAGACUGUUCAGACAGGGAAAAAGAAGCACCCAAGUCUCUAGCUGAAAGGGGGUGUGUUGAAUCUCAAGUGGAAGGAGGGCAGUCAGAAGCACCUCCUUCUCUCCCCUCCUUUGCAAUCUCAUCAGAAGGCACAGAGCAGGGAGAAGACAACCAGCACUCGGAAAGGGAUCACAGACCUCUCAAGCACAGGGCAAGGCACGCAAGACUCCGGCGAAGUGAGAGCCUGUCAGAGAAGCAGGUGAAAGAAGCCAAAUCUAAAUGUAAAAGUAUUGCAUUGCUGCUGACGGCAGCUCCCAACCCCAAUUCCAAGGGGGUGUUGAUGUUCAAGAAGCGUCGUCAAAGGGCGAGGAAAUAUACUUUAGUCAGCUACGGGACGGGGGAGCUCGAACGUGACGAAGACGAGGGUGAAGAAGGUGAAGUUGAAGAGGGGGACAAAGAAAAUACUUUUGAAGUGAGUUUGCUUGCAACAAGUGAGUCAGAAAUAGAUGAAGAUUUCUUCUCUGACCUUGACAACGACAAGAAGAUUGUGACAUUUGAUUGGGACAGUGGUCUACUUGAGGUUGAAAAGAAGACAAAAAGUGGAGACGAGAUGCAGACGCUUCCAGAGACGACAGGUAAAGGGGCCCUCAUGUUUGCCAGGAGACGGCAGAGGAUGGAUCAGAUUACAGCUGAGCAAGAGGAGAUGAAGGCACGCACAGUGCAUGCAGAGGAACAAAGGGAAGUCGCUGUGUCAGAGAACUUCCAGCAAGUAAGCUCUUCAGCCUAUAAAACAAAAGAGGAAGAAAUGUUAAGACAGCAACCCUGCAUAAGCAAAAGCUAUGCAGAUGUGAGCCAGAAUGAUGGUAAAAUUGUGCAACAAAAUGGUUUUGGUUUAGCAGCAGACACAAACCUCGCUUUUCAGUCUUCUGAACAUCAAAAAGCAUCAUCUUUGAACAGAACAGCUAAACCCUUCCCUUUUGGGGUUCAAAACCGAGCAGCCGCACCAUUUUCGCCCACAAGAAAUGUCACUAGUCCUCUUUCAGAUUUACCAGCGCCUCCUCCCUACUGCUCUAUCAGCCCACCACCAGAGGCUUUAUAUAGACCUUUAUCAGCUCCUGCAGCAAGCAAAGCUGCACCAAUUCUGUGGUCACACACAGAGCCAACCGAACGUAUAGCAUCCAGAGAUGAGAGGAUUGCAGUGCCAGCCAAAAGAACUGGGAUACUGCAAGAGGCAAAGAGAAGGAGCACAUCAAAGCCUAUGUUCUCUUUCAAAGAAGCACCCAAAGUAAGUCCGAAUCCUGCCCUGUUGUCCCUUGUACACAAUGCAGAAGGUAAAAAGGGUUCUGGAGCUGGUUUUGAGUCAGGACCUGAAGAAGACUACCUCAGUUUGGGAGCAGAAGCUUGCAAUUUCAUGCAGGGUCAAGCAUCUAAGCAAAAGGCCCCUCCUCCUAUUGCUCCAAAGCCUUCACUCAAGGUCUCUCCUGCUGCUGGCACUCCAGUCUCACCAGUUUGGUCACCAGCUGUGGCUUCUAACAAAGCUCCUUCUUUCCCAGCUCCAGCCUCACCGCAGGCAGCAUAUCCUGCACCACUCAAAUCCCCACAGUAUCCUCAUUCUCCCUCUGCCAAUCCCCCUAAUACUCUCAACCUAUCUGGUCCUUUCAAAGGGCCUCAGGCAACCCUAGCGAGUCCAAACAACCCACCCAAGACACCAACCACACCAAGUGCUGGAGAAACAAAACCCUUUGAGAUGCCACCAGAGAUGAGGGGAAAAGGAGCCCAAUUAUUUGCCAGAAGGCAUUCUCGAAUGGAGAAGUAUGUGGUUGAUUCAGAGACUGUGCAAGCAAACAUGGCACGAGCCUCAUCUCCAACUCCAUCUUUACCAGCUUCUUGGAAAUAUUCAUCUAAUGUCCGAGCACCUCCGCCUGUUGCUUAUAAUCCCAUACACAGUCCAUCUUAUCCUCCUGGUGCUACCAAGCCUUUCCCUAAGUCCACUGCUGCUACUAAAAAUACCAAAAGAAAACCUAAGAAAGGUCUCAACACUUUGGAUAUUAUGAAACACCAACCUUACCAACUUGAUGCAUCAUUAUUUACUUUUCAACCUCCUAGUGGUAAGGAAAGCUUUUCUAUUAAGCAGAUACCAAAGUUGCCCACUUCAAAGCAAGCUACAUCCUUACGACUCCCUGGUCCUGGAUCUCCUACAAACGCCCGGGCAUCUUCAGUGUACUCUGUCCCAGCCUACAGUUCACAACCAUCGUUCCAAUCAAAUGCCUCCAACCCAGUAAAUGAAUCAUAUGCACCAACAGCCUAUUCUGCAUUUUCUAAGCCAGAAUCCACUACAACUUUGUUUACUGCUCCGAGGCCAAAAUUUUCAGCAAAGAAAGCUGGCGUCAUUGCACAGGAUCCUCAUCCAGAUUUCCUAGCUUGCAGAAUGCAAAGCGAUUGGUUGUAAAAAGAGCCACUUUUCCAGUAUUACCCUUUUCAAAAUAUAACAGUUCAACUUUGUCUGAAGUUAAAUGCCCAGGAUUCCACUCACCGUUUUGUGAGUUCAGCAUGGCAAGUGCAAACGUUAAUUACACAGCUUCACACAAUGCUAUUUUAAAAUGAAUCUACUCCGUUUGAACAAGAAAUGUUAUACAGAGAAGAAAUUUGUUGACGAGAUAUUAAAAAAAGAAAUAUGUGGAUUCAGAAUGUUUGAAGUUACUGCUGGUAGAAGUGUUCCUUGGGAAAAUAUGUGAGCCUGAUAUUUACUUGGUGCCACCUUCACAAGUUCAUAGUACCCAUGACAAGAACCGUUCUUUACCAGGCUUUGUGAGCAGCUGAUUCAGUGUAUCAGGACAAUGUGUUUUCAAACAAGAAUCUCUGAUUCUUUCCUAUGGUUUGAGACAGACAUCUUGAAAAAUUAAUUCCAGACAACUGAAAGAUACAUUGCUACAAAAGUAACACAUCAUCACCUGCCACUGUUUUUCUCAUAGCAUAUCCAACUUAAUUUAGGGCAGAUAACAGUACUGCUCACCUGAUGAACAGCCCUUCACUAAUUUGUAUUGGCCUCGUCCUGUACUCAUUAUUCCUGACAUACUGUACUCUCUUCAAAGUAUGCUUUUCACGCUGAAUGACUUAUUUCCUCAAGGCUUUUUUUGUUAGUAUUCAGUUGAUUCAGAAGCUGUAAUCUGUUUUCCCACUACUGUACAAAUGAGUAAGUGAAGAUGGAGGCAUUGAUAUGAGGAUACUCCAUAGCCUUAGCUUCCCAGUUCAAGACUCUUACUGUCUUCAAAGUCCAAUAGGAUGUGAACUAGCCACUGUAUGAAAGUAUGGCUCUCCUUAACAACAGUCUGUGAAUGUUCAGAUGACAGUUCUCCUGGUGGAACUACAGAAAAGAGAAUCCUCAGUGACCAGCCAGUGAAAAUAUCUUUCACACAAUAUACUCUUUUGUUAUAUAAUCAUACAGUUUGCUAAAAGAAAUGCUAAAACUGCACUGGAUGGGGCAGCAGUGCUAAAAUUUAAUAAAAAUAUGUAUGCACUGGACAAUUACGUUUACAUUUUAUAGCUUUUGAAUACUUACUUUCUAUAUUUAAUUCCAUUGCUUCAAGGUAACUUUGUGUGUUUAAGACCCAAGGGGAUUUUUUUAGAGCAAACCAAAGCUCAAAAAUACUAUCGUAUAGAUCAGUGUUACCAGCAGGGUCCUCCAGCAUGGCUUGGACCACCUACUGCCAUCAUACUAUUUAAAUAACUGGCAGCAACCGCUUGUUGACAUCUGGCUGUGAACCUGCACCACGAGGAUGGCACACUUUCCAGUGGGGCUUUUAAGUUUUUUUCUGGUAUCAGUGAGAUCAAGGAAGGGCACAAUCCAUCCCUCUGGGGAAGAAAUUACUCUGGAGUUGUGAAGGAAAGCACACAGCAGUUAUCACAGAUUCUUUCCCCAGGUGUACCUUCAUGGUCCUAUUGCAUCAUACUAUUUUUAAUUUGCUUGGCCUCCUCCUUGUAGCCUAAUUGCAAGCAAAACAUGCCAAUUUUCUAUUCCUUAAGAUUCUCAUCAAAGCCUAUGAAACUUGGCCAUCAAUACCUAGCCUCAUCAUUCUUCAACCCAGUCCUAAAUACAGUUUUUCCUUCUGCAUCAAGUAUUACCACCUUGUAGUUCCAUUUUGGCCAGUCUUUCCUCAGUCCUUCACUUGCUGGUUCCUUCCUCUCUGCUGAAAUUCUUCUUGUCCCAGUGUAUUUAGUUCAGAUGUUUUCCCUUUCAAAGAUGUUUUGGCCCAACAGGAGGUAUUGAACUAUGAACAGUGACUGUGCAGAGCCUUGUGUUCACACCAGUGUUGUGAAGAUGCACAGGUUUGCAUUAUAUGUCUACACACACAUCUUUUUUUGUGAAUGAAAACACAGCUGCACAACAAGUGCCAAAGCUAUGAUACACCUCAGUGACUUCUCCAGCCUGUGGAGAUAUACCUAGCCUGCAGUUCUGACAGGUAGAAAGCGCAGGACUCUGCAGGAACUGGGGAACAGAUAAGGUGUUCCUAUUGAGCCUCACAUUCCUGCUAAACCUAUAUUGCUUAAAAUUACCAGAUUGCCUUCACAUAAAUAGGCAAGUAUUAGAACAGAUGUGAGACAGUUCAGAUUCAAAGAUGAGUCUCAAACCAGUUCUAAAGCAUAAAGCAGUACUACUUCUCAAGGAAAAGGAAUUUUUUGGCAUCUUUAGGCUUUUGGUGUUUUUGUGGUGUUUUUUUUUUCCUUACUCUCAGCUCUUUGAAGUGGUUGAGCCAUGUGAGUUCACUUGUUUAAAAUGCAACUCAGGGAGCUGAAUCAUUUGAGAUGAAAUAAACUAAUCGCAAGACUGAGGAUUUUGGUUUGCAGGAUUUGAUAAGAAAAUUAUAUGGAUCUGGAUAAAUUAUCAUUUCAUUUGGAAACAUUCAGAAACAACAUUGCCACCAUCUCCAAGAAGUAAAUUAAUUUAGUACUUACUUGAUUUCACUUUAGAAAAAAAUAUCAGUAACCUUCCCUUAACAUCAAACUCUUUUGUUGUCCAUAAAAAACAGAAAUGCCAGAAACUAAGACCAACUUUGCACUUGUAUUCAAACUUUUACUCAUAAGGAAGCAAGGCUUCACGCUCCAAGACCUUCUUUGAAAUUGUAUAUUUAAGUCCAGAAGAGGGCAGCAAAUGUUCUUCCUUAGGAGAGCUAAACUAUGUAUUCCAAGACCCAAAGACCAAAAUGCUGCAUUCCAAUUUUAUUAGGUUCAUUUUGCCUACUACAAAUUACUUCCAGCAUUUUUGGUUUUAUUCCUUAUUUAAUUAUUUAUUUGUAGUUAUACUGUAAAAUAAUCAUAGCAUUUACUGCAAAGCUGGCAGACUUUCAGAAAAGUUUUUUUCAUUAUACAAAGUUUAAAUUGCAAGUGGUUUCAGAAGAAGAAAAAGCCAAAAUAAGCUUAGCAAUGUCCUCCUUCUAUAUGUAGGUCAAAUUUAAAAUCUGAAAUGCUUGUUUUCUGUUUAAAAAAAAAUAAAUUGGAAAGCAUGAAAGAAUUGGAACAUAGUAUACAUAUAUAAAAGUCAGGUAUUAUUUAUUUCAUCCUACCAUCUUCUCAAUGGUCUGUUCCCUAACCGCAGUAGCCAUUACAGGGCAAUAAAACGCAGAGUUUUACAAAUGUAACCCUCAACUUUUAUAAAGACAGAGUCAUACUUUGCAACAGCCCAAUUGUUUUAACCACUUCCUUUUCCUUUGUUCCCUUUUAGUGUAAGCAUUAACCAGAUACUAAGGUUAGCUAAGAUUUGAACCUGCUUAAGCCUCAUGAUUAAAAUGAAAAGAAUACAAAUGUCUUAUGAUUGACUUAGGUUUCUAAAUCAUUAUUACAUUUAUUUUAGUGGUAGUUAUUAAUACACAACUCUAACAAUGCUUACAAUAAAUGCAUCCUUCACUCACCAGUUUAUAAACAUCUUGCAGUUUUUUAAAUCAGCAUUAGCUUGAAUCUGUUCACAUGGACACCUGGGCAGAUAGCAGCUCUUGCUGGUGUUCUAUGGCUGCAAUGGGCAGUUCUGAACUGCCUUUCCUUUUAUGGACAUCUAGGAAUCAUUUUCCCUUUAACAGCUACAGUAGAAAAAGCUUUGCCUUUUCUCAGAAGGGACAAUAUAAAAAUACAAAUUAAUCACUGUAUGGCAUUCCCUUUUACUUUGUAGCCUAACUACUCCUUGUGUUCUGCUACAGUAUUAUUCUUAAUGUUUUUUCAAAAAGAGUGCAGUAAUAGUGUGUGAUAAUUUAAUAAUUCUGUUAUCACAUCACAUUUCCUUCCCUUCUCUUUUGAUUGUGAGUAGAUCUCUACUCCUCUGUUUAUAUUUUACAGCGAUGGGAUAGAAAUCUUUCUCCAUUUGCACUUUAUAUUUCCCUCUGUCUCAUUUAUGAUCAAAGGUUUACACAUUCUUUUUAGUGGAUGCAUGUCAAAUGAUCUAUUUUAACAUAUUAAAAAGGAAGGGAAAAUAAUUGACAGCAUCACCGUGCUUGCCCACUGCUGUCCAGUACAGGGGUGAUGAAUUUUGCUGAUUAAAUGUAGCCUUGAUUUCACAGUUUGUUAGAAAUCAGUUUAUGAAUAUCAAAUGCGGGUCUGCUAUGAGUUCAGAGAUUUUCAAACCUAGAUUUUCAGUCUAGGAACUUAACCAAUAAGAAGAAGUAAAGGCAAUAUUAAUAAUAUCUCAGUUCUUUCAUUUGAGACACAUUGGUAUUGAAGGAAAAUCUUGCUUUUCUACAAUAACUUUAAGGUGUGGGAAAAUGUGGAGAUAUAUAUUCUCAAGCCAAAGAUUAUUCAGUUUCAGAAUAAAGUUGGAGUAGGUAGAUAUAGACAAAUAUCAGGCUAAAUAAAUUGUAUUGACUAACUCAUGCUGAGGGUUUUUCUAGGAAUUCAUUUAGCUCUGCUGUGUCAGUUCCCUUUCUUUGCCUUUUAUGAUAACUAAGAAUUCCUACAACACUUUCCAGCAUCCCAGAACAUUAUCUUAUUUUCUGUUACUGAUCUUGAUUAUCUGACAAAUCUGAUGCAGUAGCAACUAGUAUAUAGGUAUUUAUACAAGUGGUAACUUGUGCUAAGAAACUCCAGAACUCACCACAUUGUGAACAUUUAAUUCUGUCCAUACUGUAUCCCUGCUUUUACAAGCUUCUACCAUUGUAAAAUAGUAGAAUGGCCUGUUUCACCUGAUGAAAUACAGAAAUACUUUUCCUAACGCACAAUUCUCUAAUCAAAGUGCCAAGAAAAAUUAGUUCCUGCUUUUACUACUGAUAGUUAGGCCUAAAAGACACCUCUGCCACUUGAUGAAAACCCGAAGUUUUCUCUAAACACGAUAGACUAAACAAAGCAUUUCAUCUGACUUGUCUUGAAAUGUCAGUGACAUUCAGUGAUAACAGUUCUGGCAAUGUCAUCAUUUUCCUCUGCAUCUCUGGAAUGCCAUGAAGUACUUCUGGCAGGGCUUGGAAUCUCCGUUAGAAGGUUUUCCUAUUAGCACAGUCCACAGUCUAGAACCAUUCAGAGAGCAGUUAUCACAAGUUGGCUAACUAGAAGAACCUGUUUGAUCAACUUAUCCCUCAGUGCAAUCCUAUCUUCUUAGCUGUGGCUCAGGUUAUUACAUUACUUUCUAAUAGAAACUAUAUCUCACUUCAUAUGCUUAUUUUGAUUUCAUACCAUAAAAAUAUUGUUACUGAUAAUUUAAAUAAAAUGCACUAAUUAGA